CUUUUACCCAAUUCGGAAUAUUAAAUAAUAACUUAGAAAACGCGCGAAGAGUGCCCUAACGUGUUGGGUUAGAAAAUAUACAACUACUUCCUCUGGUUCUUCAACGAAAUCCGUUGCACUUGGUAUAAUACAUUCUUACCGAUUGUACCUCCUAUACCCCAUCGAAUACGAACGCACUCAAUGUGAUUCCCUAUUCGUUACUCACCGACCAAAUGGAAUCUAUUAUCAAUGAUCUUCACCUGUGAGGAUUGAUUGUGUUAAAUCGGUUCCCCAGCACGAUACACGCUAACAGUAGAGCGCGCGUGCUCAUCGUGAUAGGACGGAUUCUUGCGGUGUAUUAGAUCACAAACAAGUGCAGCCAAAAAAGUUCGUUUAUCAGUUUGAAUUCUACGAGUUAGAUCGCGAAUGCAUACCUUCUCCAACCACCCUAUUGGGCUGCUCCCGACGGAGGAAAACUAUGACCCGAACAAGCCAACGAUCGCCGAGUUCUACUCCGGAAGAGAUAUCUUCGUAACGGGCGGAACUGGUUUCAUGGGAAAAGUGCUGAUCGAGAAACUGCUGCGAUCGUGCGGAAGCGUGAAUCGCAUUUUUAUUUUAAUGCGGGAGAAAAAACAAAAGACCAUUCAAGAACGCAUCAAAGAUAUGCAACAGCAGCCGCUAUUUGAUCUACUCCGUGAGCGACACAAAGAUGCGUUGGAUAAAAUGAUUCCGGUUGGGGGUGAUGUAUCACUGCUCGGGCUAGGUCUAUCGAGUGAGGAUAUUCAAAUGAUGCGAGAUGUCUCGAUCAUUUUUCAUGUGGCGGCUAGCGUUCGGUUCGAUGACCCCCUGAAGGAUGCUAUUUUGAUGAACACUCGUGGCACGAGGGAGGUCAUGCGUCUCGGACAAUCACUGAAGAAUCUGUGCGUCCUUAUGCACGUUUCCACGACCUAUUCUAAUCCCGAUCGUUACGUUAUCGAAGAAAAGAUUUUUCCUGCGUAUGCAGAUUGGCGUGAUACGAUCAAGCUGGCCGAACAAAUGGACGAAGAAACGCUGGACACAUUCGCACCCAAGUAUAUGAGUUUCCUGCCAAACACUUACGUUUUCACAAAGUCACUAGCGGAACAGAUCGUGGACGAAUACAGAGAGGAAUUGCCGCUGAUUCUGUUCCGCCCAUCCAUUGUCAUCUCAUCGAUGAAGGAUCCCAUUCCUGGGUGGAUGGACAAUUUCAACGGACCUGUGGGCCUGCUGGUUGGCUGUGGGAUAGGAAUUUGCCGAACGAUGUACUGCGAUCCGAACAAUGUGGCUGAUUUCACUCCGGUCGAUGUGUGUAUUAAGGCUAUGAUCGUUGCAGCGUGGAAGAAGGGAACAGCCGUAAUUCAAAGCACACCCAUCUCGCCGGAAUCCCCCCAGCUACCCGUGUACAACUGUUGUAUCUCCAACCUGCGUAACUGCACAAUGGGCCAGAUCGUAGAUAUGGGGAAAACGCUAUCAGAUGAGAUGCCACUGGACAAAUGCUUGUGGGCCCCGGGAGGAGGUAUCACCCAGAUUCGCAUCCGAAAUUUCAUCCGUGUCAUGCUAUAUCAUAUUUUACCGGCAAUCCUAAUCGACAACAUGCUAAAACUAACCGGCCAGCGACCAUUUUUGGCCAAACUUCAACGGAAAAUAUACAAUGCAAAUGUUGCCCUGGAAUACUUCAUCCUACACAAUUGGGACUUUAAGAAUAGCAAUUUCAUCCGGCUAGCGUCAGAGAUUAAGCCAGAAGACAACAAGGACUUUUACUACCGGGAUUUCAUCGAGUUCGAUAUCACGCUAUACUUCCGAAACUGCAUUCUAGGGGCACGGCGCUAUUUGCUAAACGAGAAGGACGAAAAUAUCCCCAAAGCUUUGACCAAUUUACGGCGAUUAAAAAUUGUGGACAAGGUGUGCAAAUUUCUGAUCGCCUGCUGCUUCCUGUAUUUAAUCUUCAUCAAGCUGGACCUGCUCGGAUUGGUUCUGUAUCUCACAUCAUAUCGAACGAAGUACAAUUUAGAGUUAGAAGCAAUGUAAUACAAAAUUUUCGGAAUAAAAUUCUUGGAAUUGAUAAAUUC